AUGCGGAUGCUGGUCCCCUCCCGAGCACUUCUCCUCCACCGCUUCCGAGCUCUCUCAACCACUCAACUCACCUCCCUCGCCACCUCCACCUCAGCCCUCGCGUCUUCCUCCGCGACCAACCCAACCACCAACCACCCCACCUUCACCUCCACCCUCCUCAUCAUGCACGCCUCGUCGUCUUCCUCCUCCGCGGCCCACACCUGCCAGCGCUCCGCGCCGUCUUCCACUGUCGCGAUCGCGUCCACCCCCGUCUCCUGCGCGGUCGUCUCGGAGCCCGCCCCCGCGAACGCGGGCUCGCCCCAGUGCUGCCACUGCGGCUGGCGCGGCGCUCACGCCCCGACGUGCCCCUUCAAGUAA